AGACAGCAGAAAAGAGAUUUUUACACACGUUCUCCAUCAUCAUCGCGAGAUUCGCUGGCGACCGUCCGACCCGAUCGGAAGCACAUCGGAGCUUUGUUCUAGUCGUCUCUUACCAAGAAACGCAUGGUGCGGGCGGCGAACUGAUGAGACCGCCCGUAUGCACAUACUCUUUUGUGGAAACUGUACAAAGACAUCGGAAUUGAUCCGGCAACGCCUUCGAGAAAAAGAAAAUUCAUUGAGGAGGUAACGUUUUCGUCUGUUCCGUUCUGGGUGUCCUGUCUGCCUCCGUCGCCGUCAGUUUUAACCACGUCUGCUUCUGUCAAAGAGCUGCUUGGAAUUUGAAUUGGGAACUCCUCCUCGAUGGCUUCCGUUACCGCAAGCUUCGAGCCGAAGGCACCCACGGGAGCGCCAAUAUUCGCGCCAUAAGAUCUCCCCGGUGUCUAAUGUAGAUCGGACGGUCAACACAGGACCGAUCCUUCAUCGGCCUCUUCCCUAUAAAUAGACGAGCUUCGAUCCUUGAUUCGACGGUGCUCGGCUUCAUCCGCGUUCGGUUUCGGGGCGGUGAAGAGGCGAAUAACCAGCCAUGUCGAUGCUCGAUGCUUUCUUCAACAAGGGCUUCAGAGGAGCGAAAUGCAAAACGCUGCUGAAGCUGACAAUUCCGAGAAUAAGGUUGCUGCGGAAUAGACGGGAGAUUCAGCUGAAGCAGAUGCGGAAGGAUAUUGCCAAGCUUCUUGAGGAUGGUCAAGAAGCCACUGCCCGGAUUCGGGUGGAGCACAUCAUCCGGGAGGAGAAUAUGAUGGCAGCGCAGGAGAUCCUCGAGCUGUUCUGCGAGCUGAUCGCUGUCCGCCUUCCCAUAAUAGAAUCGCAAAGGGAAUGUCCUUUAGACUUGAAAGAAGCAAUUUCCACUAUUUGUUUUGCUGCACCGAGAUGUGCGGACCUGCCUGAACUUCAGCAGGUGCAAAUGUUAUUUGCUGCUAAAUAUGGCAAGGAAUUUGCGACAGCAGCAACUUAUCUCUUGCCAGAUUGUGGAGUUAAUCGCCAGGUAAUUGAACUGCUGUCGAUUCGGGUUCCUUCAGUUGAAACAAAAAUGAAGUUGUUAAAGGAAAUUGCCGAGCAACAUGAGUUAGAUUGGGAUCCGUCUGUCACCGAAAACGAGUUCCGCAAGCCGCACGAGGAUUUAUUGAAUGGACCAAACCAUGUCACAAAUGGAUCGUCAUUGCCUCUUCUGCCACAGAAACAUGAUGAACAUGAUGAUGCAUUAUCUUCCGACCAUACAGAUGAGUCUCACAUUGAACCUGGUUCGGAUGCAGAUUUAGAUUCCUUGGAUCUUCCUCAAGUUCCGAAGGAUUCGGUUCGGGCAACUAUAGAUGUCCCAUCAGCGUUAGGGAAUGUCUCAAGUCGACCACCUUCUGCUGCCCAUGACCUUGGAUUUGGUCAUCCUGAGGUUACCAAGUCUAUUCCAAGUGAGGAUAUGGCACAAGUUCCACCUGUGGAACCUGCUGUAAGUGACACAGAGCCAUCAAGUACUUCCUCACCAAAUCAAUCCAAUGCUGUUCUCACGGCAAACAAACAAUUCAUCCCAUUUCUUAGCCCCCCACCUCUUUCUUCUUUUUCUGCCCCUCCAAAGCAAAAUGAGUUUUCUGAUCCUGCAUCGCUCUCUUCUACAAGUCAGCCAGCCCCCUCCCCACCAACACCAUAUUCAAUAUCACCAUCUCCAAAUGGAGGUGAAUGUGUUCUUCCUCCACCACCAUUGUCUUCUUUUUCAGACUAUCAGGCUCAAAAUGAACCAGCUUCCUCUCAUCCAUCCUUCUCUUCCAGGGCAAAAUGUGAGAUAGAUGUGGACUUACAGGAUGUGUUAACUGCUGCCCAGUCUGCAGCUGAAACCGCAGAACAUGCAGCUAUUGCAGCACGAGCAGCUGCAAACCUUGCUCAGGUUAGACUUACUGAUCUCCUCGCAAAAUCAGAAAAUAGUGGAAAUGAAUCUCACGGCGAAGGCUUUGAAGAACAAACGGAUUUGGCAAAUCCGAUCUUCCAUCAUCAACAGUAUUCUUUCGGCAAUAAUGAGAAAAGUACUGACUAUGGACAGGGCCAGAUAUGGGAUUCACCAACUCAUAGAUCUCAUGAACCUCAAAGCUCACCUGUUAGUGAGGAUGAACCAUAUCUCUCAUACCCCAACUUGUUCGCAUCUAAAGACUCCUAUCUCAAGUCAGAUAUUCACGAUUGAUCGAAUGGUUAGAUAUCUUUUUAUAACUCCUACUAGGGAUAACAGUAUAUACUGCCACUUUAUGUUUCUAUCGUGUUGCAGUUUAAAACGGACUGAGAGGUUGUACACAUCUGAUGUUAUACUCUAUAUACGUCCAGCGAAUGAAUGUGGCUAUGUCGAUGCAAUCAA